AUGAAAACAAGAAACGCAGGAAGGAGAGUUGGAGAAACAACUGAUGGGGGAAACCAAGCUCCUCCCCAAGCCCUAGUUGUUGGAGUGCAAGUGUUUGUCAACCCAACUGCGUUGACAGAUGGAGAAGUGAGAGCAACACUGGAGAAGGCUGAGUUGGCUGCAUACCAGCUCAAGGAUGUGGCUCAGGUAUGGUACAUGAUGUGGGUAGAUAGACGAGCACCAAGAGAUGCCCCCAUCACUCGAGACAUUCUCAUAACUUCAUUCCUGGAGAGUUUUUCCUUAGUGUCCAGUAACAGGGAUGAGAUGAGCAGGUUUGUGACUGGUGUAUCAAAGGAUCUGGUGGAGGAAUGUCGGGCAGCCAUGUUGCAUGAUAAUGUGGACUUUACUAGGUUGAUGGUACAUUCACAGCCCAAGUUCAAGAAAGGGCACCGGCACUUAGGUAAUCCUACUCCUUCCAGCAACACUAAUGACAAAUGGGGAAAGUAUGCCCCAAAGAAGGGCAAUGAUAGAAAUUCCCAGCGUGACAGAAAGCUGUGUGGUAAGUGGGGCCGUUUUCAUGGAGGUGAAUGCAUGGUAGGUUCUAAUGCCUGCUAUAGGUGUGGCAAGAGUGGACAUAUGAUCAGGGACUGCCCAUAUGUGAAGAAUCUGGCCAAGAAAGAUACUCAGCCUCGGCCUAAUCCUAUUCCUGCAGUCGAGCCUCGCAAGAGGAACACUAUCUAUGUUUUGAAAGGUAGAGAGGAGCAGGAGAAGUCAACUGAUGUGCUCACUAGUAAUUUGCAUGUAUUUUCUUUUCUUGUGUAUGCAUUGUUAGAUCCAGGAUCAACCUUGUCUUCUGUUACUCCUUUAUUAGCUACUAAAUAUGAAUUGCUUCCUAAGAUCUUGCAUGAUCCUUUUUUAAGUUAG